GAGAGAGAGAGAGAGAGAGAGAGAGAGAGAGCAUCGAGACGACGAGCGAGCGCCUCUUACGAGAUCACAUCACAACAGCUCCAGGCAUCCGACCGGAUUUUAUUGCUGUUUAUUAUUUGCAUUAUUAUUAAUACGGCUGUUGUUAAUAUUUAAUAUUAUUGUUGCUUUAAUCAAUCUCUCAAUUGGACUCCCGACAUGGAGCGGCACCGUUGAUGGGCAGCGGGGCGGCGCGGCGCGGGCACUGCAGCUCCCUUCGAUUUUUCUACCGUAUUUUAUUGCAUUUCUAUUUGUAAUAUUCGCCGCACCUGAUCCGGAUUGUGUCUGCACGCGUGUGAACGCGCUGAAAUAUCCCACAUCAAGGCCGAUGACUGGCUGAUGACGCCAAUAGGAGCAGGCUUUCUUCUGCACAGUGGCGGCACAUGGGCUCCCCCAUAUUCCUAUAAGUAGACCUGCUCGGCUAUAGGCAGCUCUCUGCAGCGGUCAUUGUCUUGGAGAUGCGCUCACGCUCGAGCUCGCGCUCGCUUUUAAGGCACGUCCCGUGCUGAAGAAGAAGAAGGGGGGAGAAAAGGCACGGAGGGGGGAAUCGCCUAUUGCCUCGAAUCAAGCAUCGGACCCCCUCCAUCCACACCUUGACCGGCUUUAUUUAUUUCCCUCUCUCGCCCUACCCCCUCCCUCCAUCCCCUCAUUCCAUUCGCUUGAAGCUGCUAUUUUUUGCUGCCUCCUUCCCUCCAUCCCAGCCUGUUUUUUCAGCAGCCUCAGCAUCCACAAGCUAGGGCUGUGAGUGGUGCUCUCUUCAUUUGCAGCAUCUCUCACCUCUCCCUUCACCUCCUCUUUACCUCACCUCCUUACCCUCUUCCUCCUCCUGCUCCUCCUCCUCUUCCUCCUCUUCUUCUUCCUUGAAGCAUCAGCCAGGGCUUCUGCAGGCAGCCAUGGAGACCCCCACCAAGCUCCCUCCAUCCAGCCCGUCCUCUCCCACCACAGGCUUCUCUGUGCCCAGUGCCGAGAAGGUGGAUGGCUUCCCCCGCAGGUCCAUGCGCCGGGCCCGCCAGAGAAGGUCCCACAGCUCCUCGCAGUUCCGCUACCAGAGCUCGCAGGUGGAGCUGACGCCUCUGCCGCUGAUCAAAGAUGCCCCGGUGGCAGAGCUGCAUGACCUGUUCUGUAAGAAGCUGCAGCAGUGCUGUGUUCUCUUCGACUUUCUGGACUGUGUGGCGGACCUAAAGGGGAAAGAGAUCAAGCGGGCAGCGCUGAAUGAACUAGUGGAGAGUGUGGCCACCAGCCGCGGUGUCCUCAUUGAGCCUCUCUAUCCCGAGGCCAUCAAGAUGAUUUCAGUGAACAUCUUCCGGACUCUCCCGCCCAGUGAAAACCCAGAUUUUGACCCAGAGGAGGACGAACCCACACUGGAGGCCUCCUGGCCACAUCUACAGUUGGUGUAUGAGUUCUUCUUGCGCUUCCUGGAGAGUCCUGAUUUCCAGCCCUCUAUGGCCAAACGUUACGUGGACCAGAAGUUUGUUCUACAGCUGCUGGAGCUAUUUGAUAGCGAAGACCCCAGAGAGAGGGAAUAUCUGAAGACCAUCCUGCACCGUGUCUAUGGCAAACUGCUCGGCCUACGAGCGUACAUCCGCAAACAGAUCAACAACAUCUUCCUCAGGUUCAUUUAUGAAACUGAGCACUUCAAUGGAGUUGCUGAGCUGCUGGAGAUUCUGGGCAGUAUCAUUAAUGGCUUUGCUCUGCCUCUGAAAUCGGAGCAUAAGCAGUUCCUGGUGAGGGUCCUGAUCCCCCUGCACACUGCCAAGUCUCUCUCCAUCUUUCAUGCGCAGCUGGCCUACUGUGUUGUGCAGUUUAUGGAGAAGGAUGCCACCGUUACAGAAUAUAUCAUCAGAGGGCUGCUGAAAUACUGGCCCAAAACCUGUACCCAAAAAGAGGUCAUGUUUCUGGGGGAGAUUGAGGAGAUUCUGGACGUCAUUGAGCCGUCUCAGUUCAUUCGUGUGCAGGAGCCACUCUUCAAGCAGAUCGCUGCCUGCAUCUCCAGCCCUCACUUCCAGGUUGCAGAGCGGGCUCUGUAUUUCUGGAAUAAUGAGUACAUUCUGAGCCUGAUCGAGGAGAACUGCCAGGUCAUCUUGCCUCUGGUCUUCGGCACACUCUACAGAGUCUCCAAAGAGCACUGGAACCAAACAAUUGUGUCUCUCAUCUACAACGUCUUGAAGACCUUUAUGGAGAUGAACAGUAAACUCUUUGAUGACCUCACUGCCUCCUAUAAGGUGGAGAAACAGAAGGAGCUGAAGAGAGAGAGGGAGCGUGCUGAGUUAUGGAGGGGUCUGGAGGAGCAGCAGGAGCGGAGGCUGCAGAGUUUGGGAGAAGCCAGUCGCAACCAGAAGAACCUGCAGGAGAGGGAGAAGAACAGCAAGAAUGAGCCAGAGAACAGCGCUGCCAACACCACCUAGAACACACACAAACACACACACACACUCACCAAUAACCACACAUAUGGAAAACAUAAUACACUCUCUUUUACAAGUAAUUUUUAUCCUGGAGCCAACCAUUACUUCUUAUAAUCCACACACACACACACACGCACACAUACUCACACAACAAUCGCACACACACAAAAAGUAUACAUAGCCCCCUAUACAGAUACACACACAUACCAUGCAGACAUGGUGGCCACAGAAGACAGAUGAAAAAAAUACAGGUUGUCUAUAUGUAGAUAUGCUACACUGAUACACAACACACACACACACAUACACACUGAUAGAUAAAUAUAUGUCAUAUAGGAGUGAAAUGAAGAUAAAUGAGUAUCUCUCUUCAUGUCCUUAACUCAUUUCCUCUCUACAUUCUCUACAUGCUCGUCUUCAACGCGUCUCAACUUCAACUCCUUCUAUCGCUUUCAUUUCUCUUUCAUCCUUCUCUUUCUUUCUCUUCCUCUUAUCUACACAAAACAGUGGUCUCAUGCAUACACACACACACACAUACUCUUACACACACUCAAACACACACACACACACACACUACUACCUACACCCACACACACCUACAUACACCAAAGACACAAUCAGCACAAACAAAGGCACACCAAUCAUACUUGCAUGGGGAUCUGACUGGGUCAUAUUCAGUCAGUCAGACAGUAAGACAGAUAGACAGACAGACAUACCGACAGAUUUACAAACAGACAGAUAGACAGACAGACAGAAAAGACAUCCUCCCACAUACAAAAAAACAAAACAAACUACACACAAACACACAUGCGAGUUGUUGGUUAACUUCUGGAACUGGUUCAGGCUAUUCUCUCCUGCUGACCCUCCUCUGGACUUUACACACUCUCUCCCAAAAAAGAUGAUGAUGAUCAUGAUGAUGAUGAAGAAGAAGAAGAGGAAUGCUGAAAACCACGAAGAUUCCGAAGAGUUAUAAAAAAAUGAUAUCUCUGUAAAAGUAAUGAUUAUAAUGUUCCUACUUCUACAGCUUAUUCUAUAAGUACUACUUCUAUUGCUAUUUCAACUGAUGUUUUUAUAUAUACAUAUAUAUAUAUAUAUAUAUACACAUAUAUAUAUAUCUCUAUAAAUAUAAUAUCUAUGUCUGAUUCUAGUGUUGGUGGGGGUAUUCUAGUGUAGCACCUCUAAAACAUGACAAAAGUAUGCUGCUAGACUAAACUUGUUCUGAUGUGACGACAAUACAUUACUCUAGUCCGUUCUUCUUCUGGGGUUUUGAACACGCCAUUUGAAAAUGUGUUACUUUAGCAAUAUCCUCAUCCGUUUCCAAUAACGUGUGUCAGCAGGUUGAAUUCUUUCUCUUUUUUCGGAGCCAAUUUCACUCCACCACACCUCACGUCUACUUCAGUGCACACUGAGAUGUUGAUUUGUAUUUUUACAUUUUGUUGAAUUUGAUUCAUUUUUUUGUAAACUUGUUUUUGCUCUUGAUAUUUAUUAAUAUUUAUUUGGAAUGGUGUUCUUAUUGAAGGCUCAAAGAACAAGACUGGAAGUGAAUGGAGGCCUAAGCAUACUUAUAUGUCUGGGAAAGACCACUGGUGUGGAAUGUAUGAAUGUAUGUGUGUGUGCGUAUGUGUGUGUUAAUAUAUGUUUGUUUGUGCGAGACUGCUUGAGUGUGUGUGUGUGUGUGUGUGUGUGUGUAAAUGGUGACAGAGGUGGGGUCUUCAAAAAGAAUAGAGAACAGGGUUUAAAUUAGUAGUACAUACCAUUCAGACUGAUUGUAAUUUUGACUGUAUAAUUCUUUAUAAUGUCAAUUGUUGGUUCUAUGCCAACAUUGCCUCUGUUUGCUGAAGAAAACGAACAAACACAAACAAACAAAAAAGAGUAGAAAAAAUAUUGUCAUCACUCAUUCUGUUCUUAAUUUGAAAAAGGGCGCUAGUCCCUCUUUUCCUGAUUUUUGAUCUGGGAAAGUUUCCAUAACGAGAGGCUGGAGAUGUGAAAUCAGUAUGUUAAGGGUAGAGUAGAGUAGAGAAGGCAAUAAAAAGGACUGGAACUGUAAGCAAACGUAGCAUCACUUCAACUAGACUUGCACUGUCCUCUUGAUUGAUGUUUUGUGUUUAAACAUAGCAAUGUAUUUUUGGGGGACCAACGGCUUUGGGAUAUGAAUGUAUAAAAAAACGGGAUAUAAACAUGAAAAUGUGUGUUGAAUAAGUUCACAUUGA